GUGUUGAUAAGUCGUAACUACAUGGGCAACUUGGACAUGAAUGAGAUCGACCACUUCAUGCCCAUCAUGAUGAGGAUGGAGGAGGACGGAGACACGUCGCCCCUGGUGACCCACGGCUCCUCACACUUCCUGUGGAUCAAACACAGCAACCUCUACUGUAUCCUGUCCAAACAGGAAGUCCUGUUACUGCUCAGUCAGUCAGGCCGUCUGUCUCAGCUUCUGUCUCGCUCACGAGAUGUAUCACACAAUUCACAGUUCACACCCUCACUGCAUGCAUGCAGAUUCAGGAAGUCACGCUAUAUAUGUCCUUUAUCUGUGUAUCUUAGGUUAUUGUCAACUAGAGGGAAAUGCUGUGAACAACUAAUUUGAGUCAAUUGUAUCUCACUGAUGGUUGUGGUGGUUGUCUAACAGAAUCAGAAUGACUAAGGUCUGAUUCUGAAACCUAAUUUCAGAUUUUUAUAUGGCCAACUUUUUAGUUUUGUUUUAAAGGGGCGAUCAGCAUUGAAAGAAUAAAAAAGCGUCAUCCCCGCCCCUGUUCUGGUAAAAUGCUAAGGGAUGGGACUGGAGAAAUGUAACCACUCAAAUUCAUAGACAGAGCUAUGGAUGCAAGGACUGACCAUCCCAUGAUAUGAAAUGAUAGUUUUAACCAUGUUUUGAGGCUGUCUAGUUUUCGUUUAUAUUUACUUUGUUUGCAAACAUUGGAGUAAAACAAGCUUAUAUUUUGGGUUCUGAUGGGGUACGACAGUUGAACUAAGGUCAUGAGGCAUUUAUAAGUUAUAUUCUUAAAGAAUCAAUGGGUAUAUAUCAUUAAUUUAUAAGUCCAAAAAUAGAUGUAGCAACUGCAGAUUGCCACUUUAAACUGUGCAUCUCACUGUAAAUGUUCCAUUUGAUAGAUUUUAAACAGCAGUGGCACAGUACCUUUUCUGUUCAACAGUUUAGUACAUACUUAAUAGUCCUUCUUCAGUGGUGGCAAUGACCAAGAAGAAUGCCAAUGCUGCUCUGGUAUACUCCUUCCUCUACAAAAUAGUGGAGGUGAGUGUGUGCUUCACUGACAAUACCUUCUAUAAUACACUGUGCUUACUCUUCUGGUAUUGUAUUGAUCUUGUAUUAAGUUGUCUGUCCGUCUGUAGGUGUUUAAGGAGUACUUUAAGGAGCUGGAGGAGGAGAGUAUCCGUGACAACUUUGUGACUGUGUAUGAGCUGAUGGACGAGGUCAUGGACUUUGGCUUUCCCCAGACCACAGACAGCAAGAUCCUGCAAGAGUGAGUAGUGGACUCAGUUACAGUCAGUCAAGACUACAGUCUGGCCUGGAAGGCUUGGCUUGACAUUUUAGACUGCAACACAGGGGCAAUACUAAAACAGACUACCAAACGGACUACCAUCGAACAGACUACCAUAUUGCUGAGUAGGCUACAAUAUAAGGUUUGAAGUCCUUAGCUCAGCUGUUCCCAAACUAGGGGUUGUGACCCCAAGUGGGGUCGCCUGAUAUGAAAAUGGGGCUCGCGGGAGAAUUUCCAAAAUCCUGAAGAAAAAACAUAUAUGCAGUUGAAGUCGGAAGUUUACAUACACUUAGGUUGGAGUCAUUAAAACUCGUUUUUCAAACACUCCACACAUUUCUUGUUAACAAACUAUAGUUUUGGCAAGUCGGUUAGGACAUCUACUUUGUGCAUGACACAAGUAAUUUUUCCAACAAUUGUUUACAGACAGAUUAUUUCACUUAUAAUUCACUGUAUCACAAUUACAGUGGGUCAGAAGUUUAUAUACAGUAAGUUGACUGUGCCUUUAAACAGCUUGGAAAAUUCCAGAAAAUGAUGUCAUGGCUUUAGAAGCUUCGGAUAGGCUAAUUGACAUCAUUUGAGUCAAUUGGAGGUGUACCUGUGGAUGUAUUUCAAGGCCUACCUUCAAACUUAGUGCCUCUUUGCUUGACAUCAUGGGAAAAUAAAAUGAAAUCAGCCAAGACCUCAGAAAAAUAAUUGUAGACCUCCACAAGUCUGGUUCAUCCUUGGGAGCAAUUUCCAAAUGCUUGAAGGUACCACGUUCAUCUGUACAAACAAUAGUACGCAAGUAUAAACACCAUGGGACCACGCAGCCGUCAUACCGCUCAGGAAGGAGACAUGUUCUGUCUCCUAGAGAUUAACAUACUUUGGUGCGAAAGUGCUAAUCAAUCCCAGAACAACAGCAAAGGACCUUGUGAAGAUGCUGGAGGAAACAGGUACAAAAGUAUCUCUAUCCACAGUAAAACGAGUCCUAUAUCGACAUAACCUGAAAGGCCGCUCAGCAAGGAAGAAGCCACUGCUUCAAAACCGCCAUACAAAAGCCAGACUAUGUUUUGCAACUGCACAUGGGGACAAAGAUCGUACUUUUUGGAGAAAUGUCUGGGAUGAUGAAACAAAAAUAGAACUGUUUGGCCAUAAUGACCAUCGUUAUGUUUGGAGGAAAAAGGGGAAGCUUGCAAGCCGAAGAACACCAUCCCAACCGUGAAGCAUGGGGGUGGCAGCAUCAUGCUGUGAGCGUGCUUUGCUGCAGGAGGGACUGAUGCACUUCACAAAAUAGAUAGCAUCAUGAGGAAGGAAAAUUAUGUGUAUAUAUUGAAGCAACAUCUCAAGACAUCCGUCAGGAAGUUAAAGCUUGGUCGCAAAUGGGUCUUCCAAAUGGACAAUGACCCCAAGCAUACUUCCAAAGUUGUGGCAAAAUGGCUUAAGGACAACAAAGUCAAGGUAUUGGUGUGGCCAUCACAAAGCCCUGACCUCAAUCCUAUAGAACAUUUGUGUGAAGAACUGAAAAAUCAUGUGUGAGCAAGGAGGCCUACAAACCUGACUCAGUUACACCAGCUCUGUCAGGAGGAAUGGGCCAAAAUUCAUCCAACUUAUUGUGGGAAGCUUGUGGAAGGCUACCCAAAACUUUUGACCCAAGUGAAACAAUUUAAAGGCAAUGCUACCAAAUACUAAUGGAGUGUAUGUAAACUUAUGACCGCCUGGGAAUGUGAAGAAAGAAAUAAAAGAUGAAAUAAAUCAUUCUCUCUACUAUUAUUCUGACAUUUCACAUUCUUAAAAUAAAGUGGUGAUCCUAACUGACCUAAGACAGGGCAUUUUUACUAGGAUUAAAUGUCAGGAAUUGUGAAAAACAGAGUUUAAAUGUAUUUGGCUAAGGUGUAUGUAAACUUCCGACUUCAACUGUAUACUAAGAUAUUUUUUGUAUCUCAAAAUCAUUGUAAUGUGGUUAACCAUAAAAAUCUAAAUGAAAAUUAUUCAAAUCUAAAGAUAGUGCCCUUAGAUCAUUGGAAAAGGCCGCACUUGACCGUUGCACUUGAAUCAUUCCCACGUUGAAUGGCUAGGACCACUACGUAAUGAAACCACACACUAUUGCAGAGAAUUUGAUAUUACCUUUGUCAGAUAGCACUGUUAACCUAAGAAUUUAUGCUAUUGCUAGCAAUCAAGAGGAAACUCUGACUGAACGACUCAAAACUCCCCAGCUUAUGCUCUCCAAAUGGACGUUAGCUGUGAGGGCCGAGAUGCCCAUGCAUUGACUUUUGUUCGCUAUACAUGUUGGGGGAUGCUAUUCACGAGGACAUAUUGUUCAGUCUCACGAUUCUCGUGCAUGAAACGGCAUAGUUUGCUGCGUAGCUAUAUUCACAAAAAACUGAUUCCAUAUGGGAUCGAGUGGUGAGCUUUUGCACAGAUGGGGCGCCAUCUAUCACAGGACAGCAGGCAGACCUCUGCACUCUAGUUAUGAAUGUGCCAUAUGGACACAUUGUAUGAUAAACCGAGAGAAACUGGCGGCAAAAGAGCUGAGCACAGAACUCUGAGAUAUACUGCAGCAGGUAACUUCAAUUGUAAACUACAUCAAACCACAUCAAAUGCGCACACGCCUUUUCGCAAAACUAUGUAGAGAUAUGGGAUCAGAGCAUGACUGUUCUAUUUCACACCGAGGCUUGGUGGUUAUUGAGGGGGAGUGUUGGAAAGAUUUUUCGCAUUGAGAAAGGACCUUUUGUCAUUCACAAUGGAUAUCAAAAAUCAGACUUGGUUGACUUUCUGUGUAAUGAAAAGAAAAUAACAGAAAACGGCAUCAGUGUUUCCCACACAAGUGAUGACUGCUCACCUCCAACACCUGGAAGAGCACUUUGGGACUGACCUACUUCCCAAUCCGUUUGACUGUGAUCCUGGCUCAGUUGACAUGCUGGUAAAUGAAAUCGAACAACUGAUCAAGCUGUUAUGUGACCGAGUGCUCUAGACAACGCGUUCACGGUUCACUAUGAAGGAGGUUUGGUUCCUGACUCAAAGCAAAUACCAUGCCGUCACCCUCUGACAACUGGGAACUCGGACAGAAAGGAACUCCGACUGGGAAAAAUAGUUUUGAACGGUCAUCCAACUCGGAAUUCCAACUCAGGAACUCUGGCCUCUUUCUAGAGCUCUGACUUUCCGACCUAAAGAUCACUGACUUCAUGAUUUGACCUCGUAUUUUUCAGAGUUCACAGUUGUCUUGAAAGCACCAUAAAACUCAUCCUAGGCUACCCUUCGCCAGCUCAUAUCUGUGUGAAGCUGGAUUCAGUGCUCUCGUCUGCAUUAAAACCAAAUAUCGAUCCAGAUUGGAUGUGAUAGCAGAGAUGAGGUGUGCACAGUUGACCACGGCCCCUAACUUUGAGAAGCUCCGACGCGACAUGCAUCAAGCCACACCCAUCUCAUCAGUGGUGGUGAGAUAAGAGACAUUAUGUCAGACUAAUUUGCAAUUUGACUGCCCCACAUUAAAAGUAUGUGAGGGUGAGUUGAGAAGACAAUCAGAAAUACUGUUAGAAUGUUUUUCAAUUGACUGACAUAGCCCCAAAUAAAAAAGUUCACAUUGGCUGUUAAUUACAUAAUUUCUAUCACAUUGGUGGGGUCGCAAAAAUGUUCAGAUAUCAAAAUGGGGUCAUGGCCCAACAAAGUUUGGGAACCCCUACUUUAGCUUGUUAACAAGACUUUAUACUUAAUGUUUUCUUCUCUGCUAAAGAGUAGAGUCAGAGUCAGUCAACACCUCUGUCUACUCAUCUUUCUACUUGGUGGCUUGCCGUUUCAUGAUAAAAAAGACUAGCAUCUAGGCUAAUGCCAGACAGUAUACAGUAGCCUACAGGGUUCAGAGGGUUUAGCUCGUUUUCCUGUUCUGUUACUUGCCCCUGGGAAAGGUGCCAUGUUCUGGCAGAAGGUUCAGUGUUCACUUAAUUAGGGCCAGGCUACCACGGCAACGGGCCUAUUUUGUCUGCUUAAUUACCUGUUUGUAAUUUGUCUUACAUUUGAAUUGAAAGCCUGUUUGUAACAUAUAAUAUGAUUUUGUCUUUUUAUAAUUGCUCAAAACAGACGAUUUACUUUGAUAAUAUGGUGACUGUCUGAUGUGGAUGUAUGAAGAUGUGUUUUUGCCCUGAGCUUUGAUGAGGCCUUUAGUGUGUUGUCUGUGAAUGUGGGCCUGAAUAGGGCUGAUAAUCGCUAGCCUGUCUCCCAUUGACACAUACACAAUGCCACCGUCAGCUGGCUGCACUCGAGACCCAGAUAGACGAGCUCUGCUACUCCUCGUUUUGCCAAGGAGACCCCUCCACGCCACCUCAUCCCGGCGCUCCUCCAUCCCCCCCCCCCCCCCCCUACCCUAAAACACUCCCCACCUGGGCACGAUUUCCCGAUAGCGAUGGAACUUAGGCUUAUGACUGUUUCAACGAUGUCCUCGUUACAAAGUGGAACUUAACUGUGUCGUUGCAGGAGCUGUCCCUUGCUGAAAAUUAUUCCAGACUAUAAAGACUAAAGAGCUCACUGUAGCUCUUAAAUGUAUUCAAAGUCAUCUUUUUUUUAAAUCUAUUUUUUACACAAUACAGUUUUCCCAUCAAGAGAAGCCUAUAAUGUAUUUAAAUGUUUGUAUUAUAUGUUUGCCAUGUGUUAUAUAUUCUAAGUGUUUUCUCGUGACAUUUCGUAUGCAAUGUUUGAUUAUGUAGGCUAAAUUCUGAAUUUUUUUGUGUAAACUGUGAGCAAGAAUGAAUAAAGUCAAAGUCGCUCAUUCCCUCUUUCGCUAUUUAGAAAAUAUCAAUGUGACCUAAAAAUAGGACAUGAUGAUAAUGGUUUUUGUAAUUGCUCAACAAAUCAUUGUAGCCUAUGGCAGGCAGGAAUUGAGCUGCAAGUAGAACUACGGAUAUUCUACAAUCAAAUAAUGAAACAUCAAGUAGCCUAGCCUAGGCUACAAAUUGCCAUAUACCUAAUAUGUUGACCUUUAAGUUAUUGGUUCAGCUACAGUGAAAUGCUUGAGCUUUCAGAUAAUGUAGCUCAUGUCUAGCCUAGGUGUAGCCUAGGUAUCUAUCGAUUGCACAUACAUGAAAGUGAUGUCAUUAUGUAGUCUAAUCUAGCUAUCAUAUAAUUAGGUUAUCUCGGUUUUCAUUUUUAUAUUUUUUUUAUAUCCUUGCUUCGCUUGUUUAUUACAUUGCAAACUUUUUAGGCUAUUUAUAUUAAACUAUAACGUUUUCAGAGGUCACAGAGACAAAUAAACAUCUUCAUUCUAUGUUUAGCGGAGAUCUUCUGUGUGUAAAGUGACUCAGGAGGGGCCGAGGGCAAACAGUGAUCUAACAACGCACUUAGCUGUUCUAGUGGUCUUUAGAUUAUGAGCGCUUAGAUUACGAUCGCUUUCAAGUGCAAUGUUAAUAAAGACAGUUUUGGGAAACGGCACAGAAAUGUUAAGAUGCUUUUACGAAGGAUCUAACGAUGAACUUAGCCUUAAGAUGCUUUUGAGAAAACCGGGCCCUGGCCUGGCAACCAUUCCCUUGUCUUCCCCUGUGUGUGUAUGUGAAAGAGAAGGAGUGUGUUUGUGUGUCUUGUUUCGUAGUAUGACUGUCGAUUUACCGCCAACUCAGAUGCUCUUGUUGGAUACAUCAUUAGCAUUUCUGAGGAGAAUCAGGACCAAAACCAACACACCGACAACCAAACAAGCCCACUUGUCUCCACUUGUCUUUCAUCUCUUUCCACUCUCCGUGAGUCAAGAUGAGGUAUUGAGAUGAGAUGAUCUCCCUGCUUGAUGUGGGAUUACCAUAAAACACUAUAGGAGGUCACCAUGGCCUGUGUCAGUGCAGUGGUGAAUUCAAACCCGUGUAAUGUAAUUUGUUGGGCAAUUUUGAGGGGCAGCUUUCGGUGCCUGUGCAAUGUGCAGACACAUUUUGAGCCAUGCUAGCUUCUUUCAACCUGAGCGACAAGGGGAUUCUCAGAGGAGCCCAGGGAAGGGUAGUGGAGGAGAGAAAGUCUGCAAGCAUCAGAAGGAUCUAUGAUGGAGAUUGGAUCAGUCUGUCAAUACCACAGGGAGAGCUGGGAGAGAUGCAGGCAGAGGAGAGAUCUAUCGGGAGGGAUUACAGGUCGGGGCGGCAGGACUGUGUGUGUGUGUGUGUGUGUGUGUAUGUGUAUUUGAGGAAGUAGAUGGUGUUGCUGUCUGUCUGUCACCAGGGAGACGUAGAGGCAGGGGGCAGGUGUUCCACCUACGGAAUAAACAGGGUCAUGUGUAUGCAUAGGUACUGUGUAUCAUCUCCCUCCUACCCACACCCCGUCUCAUCACAUCAUCCCUCCAGACACCCAGACCUCCCUAGAGGAGAACAAGCCUCUCUGAGUACAGUAUCAGGGGCUGUCGCUACCUAUUGUACAACUCAGCACUGCAGCAUACGGUAUUGAUAGUACAGCCAGUAGUAGACAAUAGACAUACAAGGUCUACUGUGGUUAAAGACACAAUGGGAUGAGGCUAGACACAUGUAACCAAUCUCACAGAGUUAUGGGUGCAAGGCCUGUCAGUCUGACGUCAACUUGAUCAUUUUUAACUAUUGCAGAUUGCACCUUUAAAUGAGCACACAAAAUGCACUCCAGGUACAAUACAUUGAUUUGAGCCUUAGCGUUUUAGUUUAGUGCAGUCUUAGUCUUUUGGUUACAAUCACAAUAGAAUCACAAUGUAAACCCCCUUGUUCCAAUUACACCCAUGACUAACCUGCUCACAACCCAAGACAAAUCCUUUAAUUAAUCUAUCUACUCCAGUGGAGGUUUAAUAAAAUUAAUUUUCUAUUCUGGGGUAUCUUAUCAUAAGCUCUUUCAUUAAUCGUGAAUAGAUAGAACGAUUGAUAUCAUCUAGAAAACAAACAUCUUUGUACUGAUCCUCUUCUGCUUUCUCCUCCGUUCUCGAACCUUAGUUGGAAAGGGAGGUAGCGACGACAGCAUUCUUUUUCCUCUGAAUAAGCUGUCCUCUCCCCUCUCUUCCCAACCCCUCUCUCUGCAGGUACAUCACCCAGCGGGGUCACAAACUGGAUGUGGGCGCCCCUCGCCCCCCCGCCACCGUCACCAAUGCAGUGUCCUGGAGGUCAGAGGGCAUCAAGUACAGGAAGAACGAGGUGUUCAUGGACGUCAUCGAGUCCGUCAACCUGCUGGUGAGGAGGCUUUUCACUCAAAUCUCAGUAAAAACACCUAAUGUAUUGUAAUGAACCAUGGGUAGUAUCACAAGGUCCCUAGUAGACGGCGAACCACGAACACAGUAGCCACAACGUGCUAGUGAGGGUCUGCACUAUGAUUUCAGUCUGAGACUAUUUUAUCUGUUUAAUAAUGUGGUGUCUCAAGGACAGUGUUUCCCAACUCCAGUCCUCCAGUACCCCAACAGUACACAUUUUCGUUGUAGCCCUGGACAAACACACAUUCAACUCAUCGAGGGCUUGAUGAUUAGUUGACAAAGUUGAGUUGUGUGCUUGUCCAGGGUUACAAUAAAAAUGUGUAGUGUUGGUGGUAGAAAAACUGCUCUAGGGUAACUGGGACUAUGAAGUCUAAAAUAGUCCCAGGUUUUCCCAUAGCUGCAGGAAGUAGCCAGCACCCCCUGAAAAAAAGGCCUUUAUUGUAUAUAGCUUUACUAUGCUUUACUGUAUAUUACAUUUUUACAUUUUAGUCAUUUAGCAGACGCUCUUAUCCAGAGCGACUUACAGUUAGUGAGUGCAUACAUUAUUAUUAUAUAUAUUUUUUUUUUUUCAUACUGGCCCACCGUGGGAAUCGAACCCACAACCCUGGCGUUGCAAACGCCAUGCUCUACCAACUGAGCUACAUCCCUGCCGGCCAUUCCCUCCCCUACCCUGGACGACGCUGGGCCAAUUGUGCGCCGCCCCAUGGGUCUAUAUAUACAUUUACCACUGUACUACAGUGCCUUCCGAAAGUAUUCAUACCCCUUGACUUAUUCCACAUUUUAUUGUGUUACAGCCUGAAUUCAAAAUGGAUGUAAUAUAUUUUUUUUUCACCCAUCUACACACAAUACCCCAUAAUGACAAAGUGAAAACAUGUUUUUAGAAAUGUUUGCAAAUUUAUUGAAAAUUAAAUACAGAAAUAUCUAAUUUAAAUAAGUAUUCACACCCCUAAGUCAAUACUUUGUAGAAGCACCUUUGGCGGCAAUUACAGCUUUGAGUCGUCUUGGGUAUGUCUGUAUCAGCUUUGCACAUCUGGAUUUGGGGAUUUUCUAAAAUCUUUCCUUAUAGAUUUUAUGAAGCUCUGUUAAGUUAGAUGGGAAGAGGCGGUGAACAGCAAUCUUCAAGUCUUUCCACAGAUUCUCAAUGGUUUUCAAGUCUGGGCUUUGGCUGGGUCACUCAAGGACUUUCACAUUCUUGUUCUGAAGCCAUUUCAGCGUUGCUUUGGCUGUAUGCUUGAGGUCAUUGUCCCCAAGCAUACAGCCCCAGUCUAAGGUCGUUUGCACUCUGAAGCUGUGCCUGGUUAUAUCCGGACAUUGCGCUUUGCAUUCAGGCCAAAGAGUUAAAUUGUUGUCUCAUCAGACCACAGAAACAUUUGCCUUAUGCUCUCAGAGUCUUUCCCGUGCCUUUUUGAAAACUCCAGGUGUGCUGCACAGGAGGUUGGUGGCACCAUAAUGUGGGAGAACGGGCUCAUGGUAAUGAGUGAAGUGGAAUGGUAACAAAUUCAUCAAACAUGGUUUCCAGGGUAGAUCCUACAGGGUAGAUCCAUUUUUGUUCAAAUUAGAUUUCUAACAGUCUGACAAACACUACCAGUCAAAAGUUUGGACACACCUACUCAUUCAAGAGUUUUUCUUUAUUUUUACUAUUUUCUACAUUGUAGAAUAAUUGUGAAGACAUCAAAACUAUGAAAUAACACAUAUGGAAUCAUGUAGUAACCAAAAUAGUGUUCGACAAAUCAAAAUAUAAAAGAUAGUAUGACGUGCCAUAGUCUUUUUGUCCAGACAGAAUCAGAUACAUGGUCUACUCAUACUGAGACAGAAGGCCACUGUUUUGCUCGCUCGGAUGCUUUAUAUGAGAUUGAUGUUUCUUUCUCUCGGUGCGUGUCUCGGUCAAAUAAAUGAUCAGUAUUUCAAUAUUUUAUUGCCGGCCCUGCUGAAAUGGCACUCUAUUAUCUAAAUAGUGCACUGUUUUUGCUCUGGUCAAAAGUAGUGCACUAUCUAAGAAAUAGAGUGCCAUUUUGGAUGCAGCCAGGGUGUUCUAGUUCAGGACAAUUCUGCGGUAAUGGAAUUAUGCUUUGACUCAGUUUUUUCUCUUAAAAAUGUAGGCCAAACCAAAACCAUUGAUUUCAAAGUUUAUCAAACCAUACAAAUUUGGCCUCCCGAGUGGCGCAGCGGUCUAAGGCACUGCAUCGCAGUGUUGCGGCAUCACUACAGCUUGGGGUGUGAUCCCAGGCUGUGUCAUUACCGGCCGUGACCGGGAGUCCCAUAGGGCGGCGCACAAUUGGCCCAGCGUCGUCCGGGUUAGGGGUGGGUUUGGCCGGAGUGGCUUUCCUCCAGCGACUCCUUGUGGCGGGCCGGGUGCCUGCAGGCUGAUUUCGGUCAUCAGUUGAAUGGUGUUUCCUCCGACACAUUGGUGCGGCUGGCUUCCGGGUUAAGCGAGCGGGUGUUAAGAAGCGCGGGUUGGCGGGUCAUGUUUCGGAGACGCAUGACUCGUCUUUCGCCUCUCCCGAGCCCGUUGGGGAGUUGCAGCGAUGAGACAAGAAAAAGGGGGUAAAAUUUACUACAACAACACUUUUUUUUUACAACAAUUACUUUUAACAAUUUCCACUGAAAAAUGUACAAAAACUAAUUUAGUGGAAGAACUGUGCAGAUGCAAACUUUGGUAACAGAAUUACGGUAACAAAAUUUUAUGCGACCAUGUUUUCCAAAUACUCAGUUAAAUAUCUGCUCCAGUAAAGUAGAGUAUAGUUCAGUACAGUAGAGUACAGUCCAAUAUACUGUACUCUACUGUACUAUACUAUACUUUUCUUUACUGUACUGUAUUGAUUUGGACUGUACUCUACUCACUGUACAGUACUGUGCUAUUCUGUAUUCUAAUGUAAUGUAUUGGACUGUACAGUACUGUGCGUAUUGUACUGUACUCUACUAACUGUACUGUACUGUACUAUCCUGUGCUAUCCAAACUUGUGAAAAAUAUGUCUAUAAUAGGUUCAGAUUUGGUCUAGUCCGGUCGGUCUGUGGACGUUAACAUCAAAGCCAGGAAGGACUGAACAAAUCUCAACUACUUUUCAAUGUCCAUGGACAUCCGGUGUCGGUCGGUGCUCAGUGGGUGAGGAUGCUGGUUACAGUAAAUGGAAAGAGAGGGGGCUCAUGGGUAGGUGUCAGUAAGAGCUGUGAGAGGUGACAUUAACUGGAGAGUGAGAGAGGGAGGCAGAGAGAGAAAGAGAGAGGGUGCGAGAGAGGGAGGGGAUGUCCAGACUCGGUUUGACCACCAGUCAAUAGAAAGAGAAAGAAAACAGUUAUGAGCUGAACAUAACAGUAUGCCAGUGGAAGGGAGGACAGUAGCAGGUGACCCAACUGUGGUUUGUGACUAUUAGGAUUUCCCAUUGUAGCCAAUUCAGUUGCAGUAAUUCUGUUACUGAUUUUUGGGUAAUUUCAUUACCAAUUUGGUAAUGGAAUUAUGAGUUUUACAAAAACAAAAUUGAUAUAAGUAAAAUCACUCUAACCAGGGGCGCCAUGCACCCCAAAAAUCUGAGGGAGCACAAAGUACAUGAGGAUGGCUGGGGGGUGGUCUGGAGGCAUGUUCCCCUGUGCCCCAUAUAACUCAUUUCUAGGUCUACCAUUACUUGUUUAUUCUAUGAACUUUCAUUAUCCUCCCACCUCAUGAGGGAGAGAAAUGAUAAAAUAUCUUAAAGAUAUGUGGGUUUUUUGGUAACAGAAUUACAAGGCACAAGGCAAUAUUUCUUACACUUACAGAAGCUAAACAUUUUCUCCAAAACCAAAUAUACAGUACCAGUCCAAAGUUUGGACACACCUACUUAUUUAAGGGUUUUUCUUUAUUUUUACUAUUUUCUACAUUGUAGAAAACUAUGAAAUAACACAUAUGGAAUCAUGUAGUAACCAAAAAAGUGUUAAACAAAUCAAAAUAUAUUUUAGAUUUUAGAUUCUUCAAAGCAGCCACCCUUUGCCUUGAUGACAACUUUGCACACUCUUGGCAUUGAAGAAUAUAAAAUAUAUGUUGAUUUGUUUAACACUUUUUUGGUUACUACAUGAUUCCAUAUGUGUUAUUUCAUGGUUUUGAUGUCUUUACUAUUAUUUUACAAUGUAAAAAUUAAGAAAAACCCUUGAAUGUGUAUUUGUGUCCAAACUUUUGACUGGUACUGUAUGUAUAUAUUCAUUUGAUAUAUGUAUAUAACCAUUUGCAAUGAACAGACCAAGAAACCAGGUCAGGUUUACAGUAUUACUCAGCAGUGUGUCAGAGAAGCUUCCAGACACCAUUCUCCAACAUCCUUGAAUAGAAAAUGUGAGGAAAUUAUUUCAGAUUUCCUUUCUUACAACAAUCCUCCGGUUUCUGUGGUAACGUUGUUACACCACGGCCCUUUUGUCUGACACCUAACCAGCCCCCUGAGCCCAUUUUAUGUAUCCCAGGGGUCAGAGUCAGACAGAGACUAAUAACUGGCUAAUAACUGACUGAUUGUAAGGAUGAGCAUGUCUGAUGGGCCUCUAAUGCCACAUUUAACUAGAUAGCUGGCUUUCCCCAGAGUGUUAGUGAGCAUGAUUGAAAUCAAAACCCAACCCUCUGUCACGAACGUCAUAAUGAGCGGACCAAGGCGCUGCGUGAUAUGAGUACAUACUUUAAUAGGUAUUUUUAAUUACAACACAAAACAACAAAACGAUACGUGAAGUCCUCGGUCAAUAACACAAACCUACACGGAACAAGAUCCCACAAAAGACAAUUGCACAAUAGGCUGCCUAAGUAUGGUUCCCAAUCAGAGACAACAAGCAACAGCUGAUUCACGUUGCCUCUGAUUGAGAACCACCCCGGCCAACAUAGAAACACAUAAACUAGAUCGUGAACAUAGAACACAACACAUAGACACUAUACACCCUGGCUCAACAUAAAAGAGUCCCUAGAGCCAGGGCGUGACAGUACCCCCCCCCCCCCCCCCCCCCCCCCCCCAAAGGCGCGGACUGCGACCGCGCCAACAUGAACCUAACAGGGGAGGGGCCGGGUGGGCAUUCCUCCUCGGAGGCGGAUCCGGCUCCGGGCGUGACCACCACCCUCUAACAACCCCCCCGUAGCGCCCCUGGUCUGGUCCCGCUGGCUGGAGCUGGACUGGACAUCGGUGGAGCGGAUUGCUUAGGCUCCGGUGUGGAGCAGCUGACCGGUACCUGACCAGGCACCGGUGAAACGGGCACGGGCUGUGCCGGACUGACGACGCGCACCACAGGCUUGGUGCGGGGAGCAGGAAUGGGCCGGACCGGGCUGACGACGCGCACCCCUGGCUUGGUGCGGGGAGCAGGAACGGGCCGGACCGGGCUGACGAUGCGCACCACAGGCUUGGUGCGGGGAGCAGGAAUGGACCGGACCGGGCUGACGAAGCGCACCACUGGCCUGGUGCGGGGAGCAGGAACAGGCCGGGCCGGGCUGGCGACGCGCACCAUUGGCUUGGUGCGAGGGGCAGGAACAGGCCGGGCCGGGCUGGCGACGCGCACCAUUGGCUUGGCGUGAGGGGCAGGAACAGGCCGGGCCGGGCUGACGACGCGCACCAUUGGCUUGGUGCGAGGGAAAGGAACAGGCCGGGCCGGGCUGGCAACGUGCAUCACAGGCUUGGUGCGAGGGACAGGAACAGGCCGGACCGCACUGCGAACACACACCCCUGGCCUUAUACGGGGAUCAGGAACGGACCGGACUGGUAACACACUUCAGUACCUCUCGCCGUGCCUCUACACUUUCCUUCCCUCUAAUGACCAAUGGCCCCCGUAACCUGGUGGCCUUCUCUCCAUGUCCACAAACUCGCCCUUUACAAACUCGCCCUUUAUCUGCCUCCAGCAGCCCCGUCGUCCAUGCCAUGUGCCCCCCCCCAAAAAAAAUUAUUGGGGGUGCCUCUCGCCUGUCCGACGACGACCCGGUUGGCGCCGCUUCUCCUCUCCUGCCUGGGUCUCCCCUUUCAUCGCCCUCCGGUAACGGACGGCCUCCUCCUCCGUAAUCUGCCCCCAACCGAGGAGGACAUCCACUAACGUUACCUCCUGCGUGUGCUCCUGGACACGCUGCUUGGUCCAGUAUUGGUGGGAUCUUCUGUCACGAACGUCAUAAUGAGCGGACCAAGGCGCAGCGUGAUAUGAGUACAUACUUUAAUAGGUACUUUUAAUUACAACACAAAACGAUACGUGAAGUCCUCGGUCAAUAACACAAACCUACACGGAACAAGAUCCCACAAAAGACAAUUGCACAAUAGGCUGCCUAAGUAUGGUUCCCAAUCAGAGACAACAAGCAACAGCUGAUUCACGUUGCCUCUGAUUGAGAACCACCCCGGCCAACAUAGAAACACAUAAACUAGAUUGUGAACAUAGAACACAACACAUAGACACUACACACCCUGGCUCAACAUAAAAGAGUCCCUAGAGCCAGGGCGUGACACCCUCAAAUAUCCUAUGGAUUUAGGAAAUUUCGCUAAUCUCCGUUUUGGAAGAUGCUGACUUUAUGACAAAUUAUGCUAUUACCCUUUGUAGUAAAUUUGUACACUUGAAUCAACGUUUCUGACUAAUAUCGAUGCAACAUAGUCCGUUUUCAACCAGAUACGUUUCUUUUUUAGUUCAGCUGCCCUUUAAUGUAACCCUCCCUGUAUGUCUCCCUGUGCUAGGUAAGUGCGACCGGCAGUGUCCUGCGUAGUGAGAUUGUGGGCAGCAUCAAGCUCAAAGUGGUUCUGUCUGGAAUGCCAGAGCUCAGACUGGGACUCAACGACAAAGUGCUCUUCGAGAUCACAGGAAGUGAGUAAAAACACAUGCAGUAUAAUGUACACACACACACACACACACACACACACACACACUGUAAGGGGUUGCCGUGAAUUUGACAGUAACUUACAGGCAGCGAAGAGGCAUUUCAUGUUGCAGUACACAUAUUGUAAUAUAUAUUUGGUUUCAAAUCAAGUACUGUUUAAUGACACACACUACAAUAUUGAAGAAUUGGCUGUAUUAUACUGAAAAAAAACGUUGUUAUGUUAACUACUGUAUUCGUAAUUAAUGGAUGGAUGAAUUAAAUUCAUUGAGGGGAGAUGGUGUUUGUAUUUUACUGUUACAUGGAAAUGGUGCAAGCAGGUUGGCUGAUAGGUAAUGUGUCUUAUAUCACGUGCACUUCUAGAGGCCUUAACAAAGGCUUCCAAACUGGCAGCUACUACAGGGCAAAACAGACCAAAAGGACAUGGCAAAAUGCUCAACCAUUUUAGGUUUAACACUUGCUGACACUCCUAUCUGUCCCCUAUACAUUUUACAUUGAUGGGUCACUACUACCACAGACCAGUUAAAUUGGUACAGCAUUCUCACUAACAGGUGCAACAAAUGUAGCCUCUUACAAGGCACGCCUCAAAAUACUGUAUGUUAAUGAGCCAGAAACAACAAUACCAUGCACCCACUAGUGGUCAAAAGGUUUUUGGCACUCCAAAAAUAUGGUACGGGACUGUAUUCUGUGGGAUAGUCCCCUGUAGCAGUUGGUAGAGCAUGGCGCUUGCAACGCCAGGGUUGUGGGUUCGUUUCCCACAGGGGGGGCAGUAUGAAAAUGUAUGCACUCACUAACUGUAAGUCGCUCUGGAUAAGAGCGUCUGCUAAAUGACUAAAAUGUAAAUGUAAAUGGAUGGAAUUACUGUAUCAUUCCAAAUACAGCAAUUCUUUCUCCGCCCACAAAAUAUUUGCACAAUGCACCAUCAUUUCCAGGAUGCUGCAGUAAAACGUUUCACAGUAUUUUACUGUUGAUAAUACCCCAAAAUACCAUAUAAAUAACCGUUUUCCGUUACAGUGCACACACACACAACACACUCCCACAAGUACACAAACUGUACAAACACACUCCUACAAGUAUGUAAAUGCACACCAAGAGGUAAAGACUAUUAUACCCAACCCAAAUAAUUAGACUCUUCAGCCCUGGAGAGAGAUGGUCAUAAUAUCGGUAACAUGGACAAUUAUCUUCCACUCCCAUGCCCAAAUCCUCACCCUUAAAUAUCUGUGUGCUCCCAAUCCUGCCCAACUCACCCCCUUGCCCCCUGCCUCCACUCCCCUUCCCUACCUCCACCCCUCCACCUUCACCGCCCCAGUCCCCCCUCUCACCCCUCAUGUGCCCUUUGUGGGGCGUCUGGUGGAUUACUCUUCCUUGGUCUAGCCCCAGUGCUAAUCCCUCCCCCAGGCUACUGUUGCUGUCGGGAGAUGAAAGAUGCCCCCUGGACGGCUCCUCUCAUGUGCAUGCUGCCCACGGACUGGAAGUGGAGUGGGAUGUCUGGAACAGAAAAGGAAAACUACUCCUACAAAUAAUGAAUAGAUAAACAUGAGAAUUUAAAAUGGCCUUCUGCAUGCUCCCUAUUGUACCAUAAUCAGAGGAGGAGGCAUACACUUUAAUAUCUUUCUUAUUUGUAUGUUUACUGAUCCGUGUCUGUACAUGUCAUAUGUAUGGAUGCCUUUCAAGGGUCACCCCACAGCAAUCCUAAAGUAACUUUCAACCACAAAUGUUUGUGUGUUUGAUUACUAAUAAGCAUUUUUUUCUAAGUGAAGUCACGUUUACUGUUGUGACUGGCUUUCUACGUGUGAACAGACAUGGGUUAAACAUCACCCUCUUCUGGUCAGAGCCUGUAAAUGUUACUACAUACAGUUUGUGGAAGAGACAGGAGAGUGAGGACAGUAAAAUCUGGGUAUGAGGAAAUCAUACAGAUGAAAAUUGCAGGGAAAUCAAGGCACAUGAGCUUAACGCCUACAGGAAGAGAUUUUAAGUCGAUUUUGAGAGAUAUGAGAUGUGAGAGGUGAAACAGAUCAAAUUGACAAAUCAAACGCAGGAUUCAUAUCUGAUAUGGAUACAUGAGUGAUAUGUUGCCUCGUUAGGGAGAUAGCACAGCCUUUCAGGUGAACCACAGGGGACUGUGUGAAUAAACCUAAACCCUGCUACAUCUGGUACCUCGCUCUCUCUACACCCCCUUAGAGCCAAAACAUAAAGGACUGUGCCUCCUUUUUCACCUUUCCACAGUCACUCAGUGAUGAUGCAACAAGGGACAUCAUGUAGCGGACCAGUGCUAAAAGGGCUUACCUGCUGGGAUUUGAGCUGUCUAAUAGGUCUCUCAUCUCCAAAGACUAGACUCUGUGUUGUAGCUCUCCCUGGAGGAGGGGGCUUUUCUGAGAAAUGUCACACACACACACACACUUUAUGUAUCCAUAAGAUGGCUCUUAACCGACGUCAUUUGGCUUCAAUGCACUAUUGAGUCUUCACAUAGGAAUGGAUGGUGUCACGUGCAUCCAUCGAUGGCUGUCCAUUUAUAUACUGUCAUUGGUGUGGACAGGGUUAUUCAGUCUAGGUUCAUGGGGGGAUUUAAGAGAAAGCCCAGCGUCCCAGAUUCAUUAUAAGAGCUUUUAACAGCAGCUCUGCUGGACCAUUUACUCUGGAAAACAACAAGAACAUUAGGCUUUCUCACUACAGUACACAUCCACAUCCACUACUGAAGAGAGUGGUCUUCCAAAACCUUCUCUUGUAAGAGCUGAUUGAUUGAACUCUUUAUAAAGUAUUAUUAUUACUUAUGAAGAAGAAACAGUGGUGUGUACAGUGUCACUGUGUGUUUUCAGUUCGGGAAGGAUGACAGUGGAACAUACAGGAGAUGAGCAUUUUUCAUUUAGUAUCCGAGGCAAAUAAGGUGUACAGAAUGUACAGUAUUUUAACUGGGACUGGUGAACUGCUAUGGACUGCUAUUGAGAUUUUUGCACUUAUCCAAUGUGCACUUCUCAGGAGUUGGCUGUAUUAGGACAUAGCCUUACAAUAACCCCCUCCUUGCCUGUGUGUCAUAUCAGGAGAGAAGAGUAAGACGGUAGAGCUGGAGGAUGUCAAGUUCCAUCAGUGUGUCCGUCUGUCUCGCUUCGAAAACGACCGCACCAUCUCCUUCAUCCCCCCGGACGGAGAGAGUGAGCUCAUGUCCUACCGCCUCAACACCACGGUCAGUGACAGACACACACACACACACAUGCACACACACACACCCCUCCCUUGCCCAAUGUUAACCUGAUGACCUUCUCUCUCUCCUCUCCUCUUCUGGCCUUUCUGAGACAGGUGAAGCCUCUUAUAUGGAUUGAGAGUGUGAUUGAGAAGUUCUCCCACAGCCGAGUUGAGAUCAAGGUUAAGGUAAAGGAUGUCCACCAUCAUUCACUGUCAAACUGUCAACAUCUAUUGUGUUUCACCAUAGCUCCAACACUGACCUCUCUUAAGUAGUACAUAGACCAGGCUUAAUCUCUUAAGUACAUAGACCCAGAUCCAUGUUAUGUUUCCAUUUUUGCUUCAAUGUGCAAAAACCUUUGGGUUGGGACUGUUUCCUCAACCUUAAACUCUUAGCAAGUUAAUAAUUGAACAGGAAGUCUUCAUACAAUAGCCUCUGUUCCAUGUCCAUGACUGUGUUUCUUUCCUCAUGACUGUCAUCAUCACUGUAUUGUAAAAAGCGGGUUAUACCCCAUAAAUUGCCCCCCCUUUUUCCGUCACUGCACGUCUCUGUCGGUAGCCCUGUGACCCUUGCCUUUUCACCUCCACCCUGCAGGCCAGGAGUCAGUUUAAGAGCCGCUCCACUGCCAACAACGUGGCCAUCAUGGUACCCGUGCCCAGCGAUGCCGACUCGCCUAAAUUCAAGACGAGCACAGGCAGCUGCAAGUAUCUUCCCGAGAAGAGCGUGGUGCAGUGGAACAUCAAGUCCUUCCCUGUAAGUAGCCUACGUGUACAGCACAGCUAAUGUCACUGAGAUAAAUUAAACAUUACUAUGCUAAUAACCUAUUGCAGAUGGCAGUCAAUGCAUCCUCUGCUAUUAUCAUAGCUAUUGUAACAGUAACAAUGUGUUUUAGAUGCUAUUUGUUAAAUCCUUCCUCACACAAGAGUAAUACAAGGGCUAUACAACAGUUGUACUCUUCAUUAUCAUGCUAUGUGGUCAUUCCAUGUCAUUUCAGCAAGCCAUCACACCCACCAUCUCAGAUUGUUCUGAAAUCGUUUCUAUAGUUAGAAACAGAUAAGAUUAGCAUUCCUGCAACAUUAUUUUGUUGAAAUAUAAUUUGAUCUCUGAGAAAUUAAGAUAAUUGAUUGCACCCCAAUUGGCCAUGUUAAUUUAUAGGAUUAAUAUAAUAUUCAAUAAAUAUAGUACCUUACAUUCGAUUUGGACCUAACUUGUAUCUAAAAAUGAGUAAGACAUGAGGAAUCCAAAGAAAUGGUCAAAAGCUACCUAUGGACCCCCCACACCCCACGCCAAUCCCAACCCAACAACGAGUAUACAGCAUCAGUUCUCUAUGUCUGACAAGUUGUAUGGAGCUGUGGCUCGGACUGUUAGCAUUUUCGCACCUCAAAUCCAAAUAAUCUAUAAGUAACAUCAUUGAGUUAUUUUUUAGAUACUUUAGGAUGAUUUAAACAUGAAGCGUGAAAAUACUGAUAUAUAGGUACCAUUGACUUGCAUUGGAUUUGUGCUACAAAUGCUAAAAAGUUAGCGUGGCCAACAAAACCAAAGCAUGGGUUGCUUUCAUACAUUGUCAAUAGACUGCUUAAAGGGUAAGGAAACCAAUGUAAUUUUGUAAAUUGGGUGAACUAUUCCUUUAACAUUCUGGUAAAAAUUUGGAUGCAAUCAAUUAGCUUAAUUUCUCAGAGAUCAAAUUAUAUUUUAACAAAAUAAUGUUGCAGGAACGCUAACAUUAUUUUCUUUCUUGAGCUUUUUGAGGUGGAACGACCCUAUGGGUAAUUAUUGACUAAAUGGUAUCUAAACUGUAAAAAUAGAGUCUUGUCCUACCAUUCUCUGAAGGCAGUACAUACAUUAUUCCUACAGGAAGCAGCACAUUUCUUAUAGAUAACAUGUUUUUACACAGCCACCAGACGAACCCAGGGGAGGUUAGCCAAGUAAUGUCUGAUAACGGCUUGUUAGAGGAAAUAUAAAUGCCCCAACACUUCAUAUUGAUAAAGACCGAUAAGGAUACUGCACUCAACCCCAUGGCCUGACUAUUAACAUUAUAUUCAGCAUGACUUUGUCAACUCUCUCUGCUGCUGUAAACCCACAUCCUUCCUGGCUUUGAGAAACAACAGAGCCGCAUGGACAGUUUUAAUAACUGUGUAGUGGUGUUAUAGUGAUGUGUGUGGUAGGGGAAUGGGUUUAAUGUGUGACCAACGACAUCCAAGUCACCUCUUUAGUUGUUUACCUAACCUUUAUUCAACAAGGAAGUCCUGUGCACUGUUGAUAUAUCCUGCACCAGUGCAGGUGUGAGGAGAGUUUUACAAGUAUAUGAAUGCAUAGCCUAGCUAGUUUUGUUGUGAUAAGAUCAGGUAUGUUACAAAGAACCCUACAGAAGAGAAAUGCCACAGAUUUCCCAAUAAAAGUCAUACGUUUGUGUGUGUGUUUGUUUGUGUAGGGAGGCAAGGAGUACCUGAUGAGGGCUCACUUUGGGCUGCCUAGUGUGGAGAGUGAUGAGUUGGAGGGGAAGAGGCCCAUCACUGUCAACUUUGAGAUCCCCUAUUUCACUGUAUCUGGUAUCCAGGUAAGUUAACAUAUCCUAUUUAUUGCUGUUAAUAGAUCCCAUUUAUCUCUGUUAACGUGAACCCUUGUAGAGCCACACAUGAGUUCCAUUGAAUAAUGCAUACAGGCUGGAAGGAGCAGACUCACCAGUAUGUAUGUUUUCUGGUGUGUGUGUGUCUGUGUUUUUUGUAACUGUCCUUUGCUCCUCCUCAGGUACGCUAUCUUAAGAUCAUUGAGAAGAGCGGCUAUCAGGCGUUACCGUGGGUGCGUUACAUAACACAGAGUGGAGGUGAGAUACACACAGAAACACACACACACACACACACACACACACACACACACACAGAAACACACACACCCUUUAUCUCAACACCAUACGGCCCUGCAGUGAACCCAGCUUUCAUAUCCAUUACCUCUCUCCUUAUAAAGCUGGGGCAAGGGGGAUUUUAAUUAUGCCUUGGUACCAUUAGGUUCUCCAUGUCACUUGGCUCUGCAUGCCAAGGUGACUAUAACCUUUCCACUGUAAUCAGCAGAGGUAGAGAGAGAGAUGGAGAGAGAGUGAGAGGAAGGGAGAGAGAUGUAGAGAGGGAUAGAUAGAUAGAUAGAUAGAUAGAUAGAUAGAUAGAUAGAUAGAUAGAUAGAUAGAUAGAUAGAUAGAUAGAUAGAUAGAUAGAUAGAUAGAUAGAUAGAUAGAUAGAUAGAUAGAUAGAUAGAUAGAUAGAUAGAUAGAUAGAUAGAUAGGGGGAUAGAUAGAUAGAGAGGGGGAUAGAGAGAGAGAGAGUAGCGCACCACACUCAGAUACCUUACACUGGCAGUGUUGACUUAUUCAUAAGUGAGUUCUAAGCAGUUAUUGUAAUGCCAUUAUAACUGCUCCACUGACCCCAAUGUGAUCACAGUCACUCUAACCUAACGUAGCAAACGCAUGAAACUAGAUCCCCUACAUAAUGGUCUUGACGAGAAGGAAAAAAACUGUAGGGGGAGGUUCUAUUCUGCACUGUUCAACCAAUCCAAUAAAUGUGGAUGAGGAGUUAAGAUGGAGUGUCGCCUUGUUAACACAGGAAGCGGCACAGGUCCUAAUCCAGGCACUUGUCAUCUCACGUCUGGAUUACUGCAACUCGCUGUUGGCUGGGCUCCCUGCCUGUGCCAUUAAACCCCUACAACUCAUCCAGAAUGCCGCAGCCCGUCUGGUGUUCAACCUUCCCAAGUUCUCUCACGUCACCCCGCUCCUCCGCACACUCCACUGGCUUCCAGUUGAAGCUCGCAUCUGCUACAAGACCAUGGUGCUUGCCUACGGAGCUGUGAGGGGAACGGCACCUCCGUACCUUCAGGCUCUGAUCAGUCCCUACACCCAAACGAGGGCAUUGUGUUCAUCCACCUCUGGCCUGCUGGCUCCCCUACUUCUGCGGAAGCACAGUUCCCGCUCAGCCCAGUCAAAACUGUUCGCUGCUCUGGCACCUCAAUGGUGGAACAAGCUCCCUCACGACGCCAGGACAGCGGAGUCACUCACCACCUUCCGGAGACAUUUGAAACUCCACCUCUUUAAGGAAUACCUGGGAUAGGAUAAAGUAAUCCUUCUACCACCCCCCCCCCCCCACCUUACCCCACCAAAAAAAUUGUAAGGUGGCUAUACUGGCUAUAAGGUGAAUGCACCAAUUUGUAAGUCGCUCUGGAUAAGAGCGUCUGCUAAAUUACGUAAAUGUAAAUGUAAAUGUUAACGUCCAAAAGCAGAAGUCGUGUCAAAGGCUCUCUUUUCAUUUCCCCUGAAAACCUGAACAUUCGGUUGUUGGGGACUCGGCAGAAGUUACAGUCACCCCAAGCCCCAGUUUUGUGGGUUUAGACGCUAACAGCGCUAAUUUGAACGUUAAUGUGAUCGCCACAGUACAGGGGCAAAGUGAUGAUGCAUAGAACAGUGUUAAUGUAUUACUGUUACAUCUCCCUCUUUUGGCAGAUUACCAACUCCGGACAAACUAAGGGCAAGCCUGCUGCCAGACGAAUGGAUCUUCACUCCCUCCCCCUCUCUCUCUCUGGCUCCCUGGGAGUGAGGGACAACAGAGGACAAGGAAAG